UCUAUCCUCUUGACUUGUAGAACGUGCCACCUGCCUGUGCAAUGUCUGCCCAACAGAUUCAGGAGCUCUUCAAGAAAUUUGAUAAGGAUGGAAAUGGCAGGAUCUCCGUUUCCGAACUGCAGAGUGUCCUGCAGUGGAUCAACAAAGACAUUACGAUCGCCGAGAUCGGCAAAAUCCUUCGUGAGGUGGACACCAACAACGAUGGUGCGAUCGACUACAAUGAAUUUGUUGCUUGGACACAGGGAGGAAAGAAGACCUUGGCUGGCAAGAACAAAAAGGCAAAUGCUCUCGUUCCUGAUCUCCAGGCAGCCUUGCAAAGAAGUGAAGAAGAAGCUGCGGCUCUUGCGUCCAUGCCUCUUGAGGCCGUGAUGAGCGUGUCGUACAUGGGAGAAAUCAAACAAUUUGACAAAAGCGGCAAAGUACUUGAAGCAAUCGGAGUGAGAACCCCAAACAAUCAAAGAUUCACCAGUGUUGAAGAUGACAUCAAGCUACUGGAGAAGAUUAAGGAUCCGCACCAGUUGAACCUCAAUUGCUUCUCCGUUGACUGGGGGUCUAGGAAUGUGGUCACUGGUUCAGCGGAUCACACUUUGAAGCUUUGGAAUUUCUACGGCAACGUCCUUCGGACAUAUACUGGACACAGCUCGGAAGUUCUGUGUGUUGCAGUGGACUGGAGGAGCCAUCGCAUGCUCAGUGGCAGCUUGGGUUCUGAUUUGAAACUGUGGAGACUCGAUAGUUCCAGCGCCGUCAGAACUGUAACAGGUUCGUGUACAGGUGGCAUCAGCUGCGUGAGUGUCAACUGGAAGAUGCACAGCGCAAUCUGCGGAUGUGGCAAUCUUCUGGAAGUGUGGGACAUGUCAUCCAUGAGUGAGGAGGCAGACACUCCUGAACGUCUGCACAUUCUCCGGGGUCACACUGGACAAGUCACUGCAGUUCACACCGAAUGGUCUGAGAGCAUGUUGCUGUCUGCUUCCAUGGAUAGCACAUUACGGCGCUGGGAUUUCAAGGAGGGCACUCUGCUUCAGACCUUUCCAGUGUUGAGUGCUGAAAUCAGGUGCAUGGCCUACAUUUCCGAGACAUCGGUGUGUACUGGAGAUGAUCGUGGCAACAUCCAAGUGUGGGACACUACUGCUGGAACUGUUCAGCGGGUUUUGACUGCACACAAGGAUGGAGUCUCUUGCUUUUCCCAGGUGCAUGGAGGCCAUGUUGUCAGCGGAGGGCGAGAUGGGAAGCUCAUGUAUUGGCGCCUGUCAGACGGACUGUGUUUGCAGACCGUGGAAGUUGCGGAAAUCACAGCAGGUGUGUGGGUUGUUGGCAUUGCAGCCCUGCCAGAGCGCAACGCGGAUGACCGGCGUAAGGUAAUGGCCAUGUCCCACCACCGAACCUCGCUUGGUGAGAGGUGAAUGGAAUUUGCAGUUCAGCCUGUGGUCUUAGACGUCACAGUUGUGGCAGGCAUGGCUCAGGUUGAACAGCCGGAAAUAGCAUGAAAUAGCCAGAUAUUUGAUGUGUGUGUGUAGAUUUGUACAGUAUUCAGCUAUAUUCAGUUGAUCUCGAUGAUCUGGAUUGCUCCAGUCAUGUCCAGUCAGCCUUCUCAAAGGCUAGAAGCAGACUCUGGCAGCCACUCAAAGGGUGGCUUCCAAGACGGUUGCCAAAGCAUGCAGCCAUGUUGCAGCGAGUCCUUGGCUGGCGCAGUCAAGAGCACAGGGCCACCAAAAUAAAAAAGUUGCAAAA